AUGGCGUGGAGAAACCAAGGCAUUACCGGAUCUAAUAACAUCCCGCUGGGAAAGCGCCGAUUUGGUGGUGACGACGGCGAAGACAUUGGCGUCGCGAACGGCGCCUCGAAUGGCAUUUCUAACGGCACCGCAUCGCCAAAUGGAUUUUCGAGCAGCGACCGCGAUGUCAAACGCGGUCGCAGCCCCGAAAGAUCCGAACAAGAUGGACCGAGACGUCGCAAGAAGCGCAACCGCUGGGGCGAAGCAACCGAGAACAAGGCUGCCGGUCUUAUGGGCCUGCCGACGGCCAUCGUGGCCGACAUGACCAGCGAGCAACUCGAGGCUUAUACUCUUCAUUUGCGCAUUGAGGAAAUCACUCAGAAGCUGAAGAUUGACGAUGUCGUCCCCGCCGAUGGAGACAGGUCACCCUCGCCGCCCCCUCAAUACGACAACCAUGGUCGCCGUGUCAACACCCGCGAAUACCGUUACCGGAAGCGCCUCGAGGACGAGCGUCACAAACUGAUCGAGAAGGCUAUGAAGACCAUCCCGAACUACCACCCGCCCCAAGAUUAUCGCCGGCCCACCAAGACCCAGGAGAAGGUCUAUGUGCCGGUCAACGAUUAUCCAGAGAUCAAUUUCAUUGGCUUACUCAUCGGACCCCGUGGCAACACGCUCAAGAAAAUGGAAUCAGAAUCCGGCGCCAAGAUUGCCAUCCGUGGAAAGGGUUCCGUGAAGGAGGGUAAAGGACGUUCGGAUGCUGCCCAUUCUAGCAACCAGGAGGAGGACCUCCACUGCCUCAUCAUGGCCGACACUGAGGACAAGGUCAACAAGGCCAAGAAGCUGAUCCACAAUGUCAUUGAGACGGCUGCAUCUAUUCCAGAGGGCCAGAACGAAUUGAAGCGUAACCAGCUUCGCGAACUUGCUGCCCUCAACGGAACGCUCCGCGAUGACGAGAACCAGGCCUGCCAGAACUGCGGUCAGAUUGGCCACCGCAAGUAUGACUGCCCCGAGAAGCAGAACUACACGGCCAGUAUCAUCUGCCGUGUCUGCGGUAAUGCUGGGCAUAUGGCUCGUGAUUGUCCCGACAGACAGCGGGGUGCGAGCUGGCGCAACGACGGCCCUAUGGGCCGGCCCGGUGCUCCUCGUUUGGGCGGCGGUGGCGGCGGCGAUGCGGUGGACCGCGAGUACGAGCAACUCAUGCAAGAACUCGGCGGGACGGGCGCUGCUCCCGCGCGCAUCGAAGCAGGGCCUGGAUCUCACGGUCCUCCCCCCGCUGGUGGCGCUGGUGGCGCCGAUGCUCGGCCCUGGGCACGUGGCCCGACCGGCGGUCCUGCUCCCUGGCGUUCUCGGAACAACGACCGCGAUAACGACGGCGGACCCCCUGCCGGACCCCCUGCCGGCCCCUCGGGCGGACCUGCGCCCUGGGCUCGGGACCGCGGCGACCGCGAUAGGGAUCGUGGUUAUCGUGGUUCCGAUGGUCGUGAUGGUGGCGAUAGCUACUAUCCCGCAGGCCAGGCCUCGUACGGUGGCGGCGCCCCUUCGGCCCCGGGUACCGCUCCCUGGAACCAACCGGCGGCCGCAGUUGGGUAUGGUGGAUACCCCGGCUACGGCGGCUACGGCGCUCCUGGUGCGCCCCCGGGAAUGGGUGGUGCUCCUCCUGGCUUGCCUCCCCCGCCUCCCCCCGGCGGUGCGCCGCCUGGUCUCCCAGGCGGACUCAAUGCCCUCAUCAGCCAGUACGCCAAUGCAGCCCCGCCCCCGCCCCCACCGCCGUCGGGAGAUGCUCCGCCGCCUCCUCCGCCCAUGGACCUGCCGCCUCCUCCCCCCGGUGCUUAG